UAGCAUUUAUUGUAUCUGAAGGAGAGGAAAAAAUCCCAGGCUGCAGUGAAGAAAACCUCAAGGAAACAUCGAUCCAGAGAGCAACCGAUAUUGAGAGGAUUUUAUUGAGUCUUCCUCUGGCACGCAACUUCCCUCUGUGCAUUUCCCCUGGUCCUGGUCGCAAUUUUCAGGUUAAUCCAGAGAAGACGUUUGAUGAGAUGACUGAGGGCUUGUCAACGUACUCUCACCUGCAAGCAACUCCACCUUUACAAUUAAUGAGUCAAGGAUUCUCAGGACACGCUCUUGUAUACAUCAAAGAUAACCUCUGCUUUUGGCAAAGUAACAAUAAAGAACGGCCUUGGGAGGCAAAUUUUCAAGAUUUCCUGACUGGUAAAAUAAUAACUCUAGAUGUGCGUCAACUGGCACGUGAAACUGGAGAUUUCAGAAAUAACCAGACCUUCCAAAUAAACAGAGUUCCAAAAGAAGCAAUACUGGUGCUGGUGGAUGCAAGCUCAUCCAUGACUCGGCAAUGUUACACAACAUGGAACAGAAUGGAUGCUGUCAAACAACUGUUCCACAGCUUUUCAAACCGGACCAUGGCAUACAAUUUUCCUCUUGUCAUUGGACUUGUUAAGGUCGGAAAGGAUCUAAAAUUCCAUAAAUUCACAGAGUCACUGGAAACCUUCACGAAUUACGUAGAUCAGCUUGAAGCCCAGGGAAACACUCCACUCUAUGAUGCCUUAAUUCUUGGACUUUCUGAGCUCCAGAACAUCAAAAAGUGUUUUCCAAACUGCAGACUCCGCAUGCUGUGUCUCACUGAUGGACAUGACCAAGGGUCUAGAAGUGAUCCAGUGCAAGUCGCAGUCAAACUGAUUGAUGCCGACAUAGUUGUGGAUUCCAUUCUCCUUGGAAAUGAGAAAAAUGCGGUUCUGCAUGGAAUCAGCAACGUGACAGGAGGUUGCUGUUUCAAACCAGAGACGAGCAAAGACGCGUUAAAACUCUUUGAAAUGGAAACAGUCCUGUCUUUGGAGAGGAGGAAACUGAAGAAAAAAUCUGAAGCAUCCUCUGUGCGGACACUGGCUGAUUUAAUGUCUCAAUCACAUGGCUUUGAUGACCAGCCAGAAGUUGCACAUCCUGCACAAUUAAGCCAGAAAGUAACCCUACCACAAAAUGCUCUGAAAAAUAAAAUUCGGGAAUCCAAGACUUCAAGAUUCAAGGUCAAGGAUGGACGAAUACUGGAGGAACUGAAACACCUGCACAUCGAUCCACAUCCGUACUGCACAGUUUUUCCCUCAGAGACCGACUUCACAUUCUGGAAGAUUCUAAUGAAAGGGCCUCCUGACACACCAUAUGCAGAAGGAGCCUUUGAGCUCUACUGCCAAUUUGGAGAAGAUUACCCCCUGAAACCCCCCACAGUGCGCUUCCUCACUCCUAUUUACCACUGCAAUGUGAACAGUGUGGGACGCAUCUGUCACAAUAUAUUUGAUCGGGACUACUCUGCCCACGUUACAAUGAAAGAGAUACUGGAAGCGGUGUUCGGACUCCUGAUCGCACCGGAAGCUGAGGAUCCCUUAGACAGCAUACUCGCUGAACAGUUCCAGUCCUGCAGGGAACAGUAUGAGGAGGUCGCCCAGAAAAGCACUAAACAAGCUGCAGCCACACCCAUUGAGGACAUAGAGAAGCAAUUGGUUGGUCAAGAUUUGAGACAAGCCCAGAUACCCUCCCAUUUAAUCUGCAAACUCUCGAAAAAGAUGUUUGUUGAUCCAGUGAAAACGCCUUAUGGAGAUAUCUAUGAGCGUCAAGCCAUUGAAGAUGCUCUGCAAAAGCAGAAAACAGAUCCAUUCAGCAACAGGCCUCUAGAUGUAAAAGACCUCAAGCCACACAGGGAGAUGAAAAUCAUGGCACAGAAACACAGAGAGAGUGAGAUUCAGGAAAUUGCUUAAAUGCUUAAAUUCAGGAAAUUGCUUAAAACUCCCUUUUCAGUGCACCUCUGUUAAUCUGGAGCAUUACCAUGGUAAUUUCAUUUUUGUGAUGCAAGGGAAGGUAAAAGCCUGAAAUAUUCAAAAGUGAUACAAAUUUUGCCAUUCUGGAUAGAUGUGAGAUUCAAUAUUUUUCUUUUUCUUUGAUUUUUUUUUAAACCUUUCGGGGUUUUUUAAUUGAUAUUAAUUAUUGAAGAAUUAAUUUUAAUGUCUUAUUUUUCUUUUUUUUUCUCUUUAUUUUAUCAGCUGCACUCACCGGCAAAUGUAACGUAUUUGUGUACCAAAUAUAAUGGACGAUAAACAGCAGCAUAAUGAGCAU